AUGCCGUGUCACUGGCGAGGGCCGAUUCGCGGAGGGCAGCCACAGGCGCUGCUGGGGUUCCGGCUGUGCAACACUGGAGCGGCCGGCGAGCACAAGGUAGCAGGGGACGAGUCGCCAUUCACGCAGCCAGUAGUCCCCCUGGCUUAUGAUCUGCCUUUAGAGGACUGGUCACAGUCUGCACUGUCCAUCUGCGUGGUUGGGGCCUCGGGCGAUCUGGCCAAGAAGAAGAUCUUCCCCGCCCUGUUUGCUCUGUAUUAUGACAAUCACCUGCCCAAGCACUUCACGAUCUUUGGGUAUGCCCGGACCAAGCUGGAUGACGCCAAGUUUCGGGAGAUGAUCGCCGGCAACCUGUCCUGCCGCCUCUCUGACGCGGGCGACUGCGGUGCCAAGAUGGAGGAGUUCCUUUCGCGGUGCCACUACCAGGCGGGUCAAUACGACAGCCUGGAGGACUACGGCGCGCUGGACAAGCGCAUGUGCGCGGCGGAGAAGCGCUUCAAGCGGGGGGAUCGAGUGUUCUACCUCUCCAUCCCGCCCAACAUCUUCACCACCGUGGCCGCCUCGGCCUCCAGCGCAGCCUCCUCCAAGAGCGGCUGGACACGCAUGAUCGUGGAGAAGCCCUUUGGCCGGGACCUGGAGUCCUCGCGUCAGCUGGCGACGGAACUGUACAAGCAUCUGACAGAGGAGCAGAUCUACCGCAUCGACCACUACCUGGGCAAGGAGCUGAUCGAGAACCUGACCGUGCUGCGCUUUGCCAAUCUGGUGUUCGAGCCACUGUGGAGCCGGCAGUACAUCCGCAACGUGCAGGUCAUCUUCUCUGAGAACUUUGGCACGGAGGGGCGUGGCGGCUACUUUGACCAGUACGGCAUCGUGCGGGACGUCAUCCAGAACCACCUCCUCCAGAUCCUGGCCCUCUUUGCCAUGGAGCAGCCGGCCAGCAUGGGCGCGGAGGACAUCCGCGACGAGAAGGUCAAGGUCCUGCGCAGCAUGCAGACCGUGCGGCUGGAGGACAUGGUACUGGGGCAGUACCGCGGCCGGCGUGUCAAGGGCAUGAGCCAGCCGGGGUAUCUGGAGGACCCCACCGUACCGCCCAACAGCCUGACGCCGACGUUUGCCGCAUGCGCCGUCUUCCUGAACAACGCGCGAUGGGACGGCGUCCCUUUCCUGCUCAAGGCGGGGAAAGCGCUGGAGGGGCGCAUGGCCGAGAUCCGGGUGCAGUUCCGCCACGUCCCUGGCAGCCUCUACCGGGACAAGCUGGGCUUCUCGGCCGGCAUGAGUAGCGAAUCCGCCACCAACGAACUCGUGAUCCGCAUCCAACCCAACGAAUCCAUAUACCUCAAGAUCAACAACAAGGUGCCGGGACUGGGUCUGCGCGUGGAGAACACGCGACUGGACCUGACCUACGGCUCUCGGUACCAAACGCAUCUGCCAGACGCAUAUGAGCGUCUGAUCCUGGACUGCGUCAAUGGCGACCGCCGCCUCUUUAUCCGGAAUGACGAGCUGGAGGUGGCAUGGGAGAAGUUCACCCCCGUGCUCCAGGAAAUUGAGGAGCGCAGGGUGCAGCCGGAGCAGUACCCAUAUGGCAGCCGCGGCCCCGUGGGCGCCCACUACCUGGCGGCAAAGUACGGCGUUCGGUGGGGCGACCACAACUCCGACGAUCUCUGA